AUGAGUAGGGCCAAAGAAUUACAAGAGAGGCUCAAUUUGCAAGCCAAACUUCAAUCAACUUUUAGUAAUAAUACGGUUACUGUUUUAGAAUGGCUGAAAGAGUCAGAGAAAACUGAUGAAGACAAAGUUCGUAGUGACUCAGAACGUAACAAACAACUAGAGGGCUACAGGAAGUUGGAAGAUGGUAAAAAGGCAUUCUUCGAACUACCCGUUUUGCAGAUUGGGUCUGGCCUUCACUUUCGCACACAAGAUGACGUUUCCACUAAAGAAGAUAUACAUACUAUUGGUGAAUUUGUUGAGGGUGACAAAAAAGUAACUUCGUUGGCAAAGAAAAAAAAACGAAAUGACCAGGGCUUACAGAGAAAUAACAUGUACAGAAUAGCCAAAGACGAUACUAAAGCCAUGGUUGCACUGAAAAGAAAAAUGAGGAAAGGUGAGAGGGAAGAAUUAAGGAAAAAACAAGGAUUAACCAGAAGCGACGUUUCAAAUUCGUAUAAUUUUAGUGAUGAAGAUGAUGGAGGUACAGGGAGAAUGCCGCAAAAAUCUACAAAGAAAACAUUCGGUUUACUUUUUGAUAAGAAAAAGAAGGGUCGGAAAUGA